GCUGUAUGGAUGGACAGUCCCAGAACUGUCAUAAAUAGUCAGAUUUCUGACAGUUCUAUCUUAGACAUUCCCUCCAAACAGCGGUUGAAACAGCUGUAUGGGAGUGAAUGUCCCAGAAACUGUCAGAAAUAGGACUAUUUAUGACAGUUCUGGGGCACAUUCACUCCAUACAAUGUUUCAAACCGCUGCAUGGGAAGGACAGUCCCAGAAACUGUCAUUAAUAGUCUAUUUCUGACAGUUCCAUGACAUUCCCUCCAUACAGCGGUUGGAAACAGCUGUAUGGGUGUGAAUGUCCCAGAACUGUCAGAAAUAGACAGAAACUGUCACAGAACUGUCCUUCUUUCAUCCUUCUCCUUCUUCUCAUCCUCUUCUUUCAUCCUUCUUCUCAUCCUUCUCCUUCUUCUCAUCCUUCUCCUUCUUCUCAUCUUCUC